AAGUAACGGAGUAACCUUUUUAAAAGUUAAUUGUGAAAGUCUCACAAGAGCUACUACGGUGGAUAAUAUCCACGUGGACACAAACAUAACCACCAACCGUCGUCACCAACCCCAACCACCACUAUCGCCACCACACACACAUACAAAUUCCACACAAUCAGAUAUUCAGAUUCCACAUAAUCAACCUCUACUGACUGAACAAUUCAACUACCACAUAUGACGUCAACAACCGUCACUCCGAUAUCUUCUUCCACACACUUCCACCAUUCAUCGGCGAUUCACUCGCCGGCGUACAUUCAAUUCACUAAUUACACCUUCCUCCGGCCAAAAUCUCCGGAGAUUUCUCUACGAAAAACCUGCAGGUUUCUGUUUCCAGUACCGCUUAACAUUUUAUCGACUGUUAGGUCAAAUCGUUACUCAAAAUCAACGGAGAGCACGGCGGAAACAUCUACCGGCGAUAACGGUGACGGUGAUUCCAGCGAUGAUAGAUUUCAAAGCUCAGAUGAGUUUGAGAAAGCGAUUACCGGUGGAUCGAAUCGGAAUGUGAAUGUUUCGUCGUUGUCUGAUGCGCUUAACCUAAACAGUCGUGAUCCGGUGUAUGAGGUUGUUGAAGUAAGUUCGAAAGGAAUGGUAUCAACUAGAAAAGUUAACAGACGGCAUCUACUAAAGUCGAGUGGUCUUCGUCCUCGUGACAUACGGAGUGUUGAUCCAUCAUUAUGGUUAACAAACACAAUGCCAUCUUUGCUGGUUCGUGAAAAUGCCAUACUGUUGAAUUUGGGAUCCUUGCGAGCAAUUGCAAUGCAAGAUAGCGUGUUUAUAUUCAACUACCAGCGUAAAGGAGGAAAGGCUUUCAUUGACGAUUUAUUACCUCGUUUAAGUCCUAAAAGUAUGAUCGGAGGAGCUUUAGUAAUGCCAUUUGAGCUUGAGGUUGUCGAAGCUGCCCUUAAUUCAAGAAUACAGCACUUUGAGCACAGGCUAAUGGAUUUAGACCCACAUGUUCGCAAUCUACUUACGGUUUUACCAAACCGAUUAACAGCUGGCGUAUUGGAACAACUUCGUACUUGCAAGCAAACUUUGGUGGAACUGGGAUCAAAAGCAGGGGCACUUAGACAAAUGCUGCUUGAUAUGUUGGAAGAUUCUCAAGAAAUACGUCGUCUCUGUAUUGUGGGUAGAAACUGCAUCUUGAACAGGAAUACCGACUUAGAAUGCUCGGUUCCACUAGAUAAACAGGUUGCUGAGGAAGAGGAGGAAGAAAUUGAAAUGUUGCUGGAAAAUUAUCUUCAUAGAUGUGAAUCAUGUCAUAAUCAAGCAGAAAGACUUCUUGAUUCUGCAAGAGAAAUGGAAGACUCGAUUGCUGUUAAUUUGAGUUCAAGAAGGCUCCAGGUCAGCAGAUUUGAACUACUUCUUCAGGUCGGAGCCUUUUGUCUUGCAGUCGGUGCUCUGGUUACAGGUAUAUUUGGCAUGAAUUUAAGAUCCUACCUUGAAGAACAUGUGUUUGCGUUUUGGCUUACGACAGGAGGAAUUAUAUUUGGUGCUCUAGUGGCAUUUUUUCUCACUUACUCGUACUUGAGGGCAAAGAAAAUCCUUUAGGCGUGUGAAUUACAUCAUUGUUGUCAUCUUCAUCUUCGUCUUCAUCAUCAUCAUUAUCUGACCGAUUAUAAUUCCGCAACAAACUAGAGAUGAAAUCAUUAUGAUUCGCCAUUGGAGAUCUUGAUUGAAAAAGUCAAGCUUUGGUUCCGUUUGAGGUAGAGUGCAUGAGCCGAGUAGAUAUAGUGAUACUUAUGUAUACAUAAUUCAUAUAUCUUUGUUGUGUGUACACCACAAUAGAUAGAUGCAAUACAUAGUACAUAUGAAGCAUUAAAAGGGAAUUUCUUCUCAGAUCACACAUUUAUGUUGGUGUUUUAUAAACUUUUGAAAUCAAUCUAACCAUUUAAACCAAAACGAGUCGAAUGGUUUAGGUGGAUUGAGAUUUA